AUGGUUUUAUCAUGGACAAAAGGUAGUAGAGUUUUCCGUCGUGCAAGAAAAGGCAAAGAGUCAUUAUCAAACUCAUGCAACGAUUUACAAGUGGAGAUAGCGAUUCCGACUCAUUUUCGUUGCCCGGUAACACUAGAUUUAAUGAAAGACCCCGUUACACUUUCCACCGGCAUAACCUACGACAGGGACAGCAUCGAGAAGUGGAUUGAAUCUGGUAACAAAACGUGUCCGGUUACGAAAACCGAGUUAACAUCCUUCGACAUCAUUCCAAAUCACUCACUUCGUAGAAUGAUUCAAGAUUGGUGCGUUCAACACCGUUCGUAUGGAGUUGAAAGAAUCCCAACUCCACGUAUUCCGGUAAGCUCGUACGAGGUUAAAGACACGUGUACGAGGAUCCUGUCGGCGGCGCAAAUGGGAGACGAGAACAAGGCUAUUGAAUUGGUGAAGAAGAUAAAGGGUUGGGGAAAAGAGAGUGAGAGGAACAAGAAAUGUAUAGUUUCAAAUGGUGCAGCUCUUGUUCUUUCGAAUGUUUUUGAUUCUUUCUCACGUGGUUCAAUGGAGAAGAAUUUUGUUGUUUUGGAAGAGAUUCUGGAGGUGCUGUCGUGGAUGCGUCCUAUCCCGGAAGAGGGUAGAUUUCUCUAUUUGGGAUCUUCAAAUUCUUUGAGUUGUUUGGUUUGGUUCUUAAACGAUAAACAACAAGUUUCAACUAGACAAAAUGCUUCUUUGUUGCUUAAGGAAAUUCAUGUUGAGUCAUUGGUGAAAGUUGAAGGAAUAGUUGAAUCUUUGGUGAACAUGGUUAAGGUUAAUGUUGGUGAUGUUUCUACAAAAGCAUGUUUGUCAACAAUUUUUCACUUGGUUUACUCAUCCAAGAGUAAAAAAGUGAUUAUAGAGAGGUUUGUUGAAUUGGGUUUAGUUUCAAUUUUAUUGGAGAUUCUAGUUGAUGCUGAAAAAGGGACGUGUGAGAAAGCUUUAGGCGUGUUGAAUUGUCUCUGUGAUAGUGAAAAUGGGGUGCAAAUAGCAAAGUCAAAUGCUUUGACUUUGCCUCUUGUUAUUAAGAAGCUUUUGAGGGUUUCUGAACUGAGUUCAAGUUUUGUUGUUUCUAUUGUUUACAAGAUUUGUGAUAAGGCUGAGGAAGGUGUUUUGAUUGAGGCAAUUCAAGUUGGGAUGUUUCAGAAGUUACUUGUUUUGUUGCAAGUGGGUUGUGUUGAUAGUACAAAGGAGAAAGCUACUGAAUUGUUGAAGUUAUUGAAUGGUUAUAAGAGCAAAGCUGAGUGUGUUGAUUCAUCAUUGGAUCUCAUGCAUCUAAAGAAGCCAUUCUAA